GUUUUGCGUAGUUUCAAACUUAUAUCACGUCCGUUUCUUUAAGUUAAUUUAAUUUCUUCAAACCUGUACUUUUUUAGUGAGAAACUAAUCCAUUUACACCAACAUCAACACUACAUUCAUCGCCAACUCAUCUCUAAGCAAGCGACUCUUUUAAUUCAUCAUCAUCAUGUCUUCCAUGGAAAAGGACCGCAUCGAGUCUGACGACCAGACCAUGUCCAGCGAAGAAGCGCCCCGACGAGAGCGCCGCAGCAAGAAGAAGGGCAGCAAGCGUCGCCAACAAGCACCACCCCAACAGCAGCAGCAGCAGGGAGGAUCAGGACCUCUCGACCAGCUGCCUCUCGCCGGAGACCUGGGCAACACAGUCGGCGGCGUCACAGACGGCGUGACCAACACCCUAGGCGGCGUGACAGGCGGUCUGGGCGGUCUCACGGGCGGUCAGCAGCAGGGCGGCGGCGGUGAUGCUGGCAAGGACACGCUGCGUCUGCGCCUAGAUCUCAACCUCGACAUUGAGAUCCAGCUCAAGGCUCGUAUCCACGGUGAUCUCGAGCUCUCUCUACUAACGGGAUAGACGCCACCGUGUGUUUGACAAGCAGAGGCUAAUUGCUUUGCGCUGUGCAGAAACUAGAAGAGAUUGUCACUAUUUGUCUCGGUUAUGUUUAUGUUUGGCUUUGUUCUGUUCAUGUCAUGAUGGUACCCAUGUAAUGUUACUGUUAGUACAACAGCACGACGAUCUGUGGCGGCGCAACAUGGUGUUUAUUAAUGAUGGUUUACUGCUGCUUCUGGGAGGGAUAAAUACAACACUACAACAUUAUAUAUUACAUGAAUCCAAAAGCAUUCACUCUCUA